AUGGGCAAAGCAUCUUACAAACCACGAUCUGGAUCUUUCCCCUUCCUAGCCCUUCCCCGCUCCCUCCGCGACAAAGUUUACCAAUACGUCAUCCCCUUCCCCACAGCUCCUUCCGCCCCCAUCUCUUCAUUUCUUGAUAAUCGUCCUCCCUUCGAACUCCGAGACCGGUUGUCAGAAUUAUCAACAGAUCUUUCUAUACUCGUCGUAAAUAAGCAGAUACAUGAUGAGGCAUCACAGAUACUCUACGGAGAGACGGUGUUUCCCGUGAGAGUGGUGAUCAAUGAGAGUCGGACGGAUGGCUAUGAGCCUCAGACAUUGUUUGAGGUUCAAUACGAGUCUCCGUGGGAAGAGGUGGGGUAUACUUGGCGUGAUAAAGAUGACAUCGGCGAAUACUGCGCCGUAAACUUCCUCCCCAGAUUUGCAACCCACAUACCCGAAGAUAAUACCCCCGCACCCCUUCCACUCCCCACCUACCGCCAUCUCAUAAAACACCUAAGACUCGACGUUAUCGACAAACGCGUCUAUCCGUACUCUCUAAAGGAAUACGAUGUCCCCGCUGUAAUGCAACAUCGGAUCAAAAAACUACUCCUCCCAUUUGUUCAUCGCCUCGCAUCCCAAGUUGGCUCAAGAAAGGAUAUAACUCUGGAUAUCAAACUAUCGUCCCUUUUCCUCUAUAAAGAAGAAUUAUCAAACUUUCAGUAUAGAGAAGAGGCAGGGGAAGAGACGAUGGAGUUGUAUAGUGAGUUAAUAGAGACAAUAUGGCCGUUUACCACUGGUCCAUGGGGGUAUAGACUCGAUAUGCCAUUGCAAAUUCAAAAGCAACAUCCAAAGCUAGUGGCACAGGUUUUUAAAGCUUGUGAUGAAGAGUAUGGGUGUAUGGAGGGAGAGGAAAAUAAGAGGUAUCAGACUCUAGAUGUUGCGGUGCCGUGUUUCUGGGCGAUGAGUGAUGGGAAGAUGAGAGUUACUAAGAAACUUCAGAGUGCUGGAAGCUCCGCUAAGGGCCCAGCUAGGAGAGGGAGGAGGAUGAACUUCCAGUCGAGGUAUUAA